AUGGCGCAAAUAUUCCUCGACGUGCUCUACUCCUUUGGCAACUGCCUCAACUGCUUCCCCGGCUCGCCGACACUCAAGAUCAACAGCCGGAGCUUCAAGAUCCUCCGCCUGCUGGGCGAGGGCGGCUUCUCCUACGUCUACCUCGUCCAAGACACCCAAACCGCAGAAGAAUUCGCUCUCAAAAAGAUCCGAUGCCCCUUUGGCGCAGAAUCCGUCGCCCAGGCCAUGAAGGAAGUCGACGCCUACCGCCUCUUCGCCCGCAGCCCGGGCAUCAUCCACGGCGUAGACCACGCCAUCGCCACCGAGCGCGGCGGCGAACCCGGCUCCAAGACCGUCUACGUGCUGCUCCCCUACUACCGCCGCGGUAACCUUCAGGACCUCAUCAACGCCAACCUCGUAAACCACACCGCGUUCCCCGAGCGCAGGCUCAUGCUCUUGUUUUUGGGGGUGUGCAAGGCGCUUAGGGAGAUGCACCAUUACACUGGCGGAGGCGGAGGCGGCGGGCAAUCGCAACAACAGCCUGCGGCGAUGGAGAGGAUGGAGAUGGGCAACGGCGACGAAGAUGACCAGGGCGCCGGGCCGAAACGCAAGAAGAGCGGGAAGAAGAAUAAAGGCGGGAAGCGCGUCGCCAGCAUGGCCGCCGCCGCGGGCGCCGACGAAGAGGACGAGAAUGAGCAGCAGAGGCCGCUGAUGGAGGGCGAGACGCCCGGGUCCGGAGACGUAAAGUCAUACGCGCACAGAGAUAUCAAGCCAGGCAACAUCAUGAUCGACGACUCAGGCUCGAACCCAAUCCUAAUGGACCUAGGCUCCAUCGCCCCCUCCCCGAUCCCGAUAACAUCCCACUCCCUCGCCAUCGCCGUCCAAGACACGGCCGCCGAGCACAGCACGAUGCCCUACCGCGCCCCCGAACUCUUCGACGUCCGCACCGGGACCGUCAUCGACACAAAAGCAGACAUCUGGUCCAUGGGCUGCACCCUCUACGCCUGCCUCGUCGGCAAGUCCCCCUUUGAGGCCCGCUCCGACGAGACGGGCGGCUCCCUCAGCAUGUGCGUCCUCGGCGGCGACUGGCGUUUUCCCGACGAAGGGAUCAAGCGCACCGGAACCAGCGGCGGCAUGAAGGGUAAAGCGGCCGCCACGGACGCUGGGGCGGGCGCCGGCGAGGUGAAGAUCAGCGAGCCCAUCCGCGAUGUCGUGAGGAAAUGUCUCAAUGUUGAGCCUACCGAGAGACCAGACGUGGACGAGCUCAUUGACUUGGUGGAGAGCGUUAUUGAGAACUUGCCUCAAGACGGAUCCUUGUGA